ACCAGAGAUCGCUCUCUUUGGCAGCGACUGAUCGACAUCUGAAAGCGAGUACUUCAGUUCGAGGCCUCGUUCAGCUUGGAGCCAGCUCUCUAACGAUCAGCGCGAAGAAAUGUCCAUUCAAUGACGAGCUCGGACGGCAUGGCAUUGCAGGGCGCCCCAUCAUCGCUCAGAGAGGGUGAACGUCUAAAGCGCUCGGAUUUAUAAGAGGGCCUGCGAAAUGGCGGCGCGCGUCGUUUUCCAAAGCUAAGCAGGGCAGAAAGGGCUUCAAGCAGCAAGCGCGCCGGCUUCAGCCUCUCAUUUCUUUUUAAUUUUUUAUUUCCCUCCUUCCACCUGCCACAUCUCUAUCUUCAUUUCUCUGUCUGCCAUCCUUGCUACAAGACAGCAAGGCACUUCCACCUCAAGCGACUCCAUUCACCCCAAAUAAACAACACACCAAGCUACAGCCAUGGUUGACUCGAAGGCAAAGGGAGGAAAGGCCGGCGGCGCCGCCAGCAGCAACAAGGACGGCAAGUCGAAGCCCGUCACCCAGAGCAGCCGUGCUGGUCUUCAGUUCCCUGUCGGGCGUGUGCACCGCAUGCUCAAGUCUCGCACCGCCAACAAUGUUCGUAUUGGAGGCAAGGCUGCUGUUUACACCAGCGCCAUUAUGGAGUACCUUACCGCCGAGGUGCUCGAGCUUGCAGGCAACGCUGCCAAGGACCUCAAGGUCAAGCGUAUCCAGCCUCGUCACCUCCAACUGGCCAUCCGCGGUGACGAAGAGCUUGACUCGUUGAUCCGCGCCACCAUUGCCGGCGGUGGUGUGCUUCCCCACAUCCACAAGAUGCUCGUCAAGUCGAGCGGCAAGAAGAAGUCGUCGGGCGCCGCGGCUGCCACCGAGUAGAUGCGAAGCAGAGCGCAGGGGGAAAGGGACUAUCGAACAUUGGAACGCUGCGCCCAGCGACUGUUUGGCUCUCGCUUGCAACUUCCUUCAAGUAUCCCAUCACCUAAGUAGCCCUUCUCACCCAUCCUUCCUAUCUCUCUUUUCUCUUUCCCUUUCAACUUUCUCCGCUCUCUUUCUUUGUCUCUGCGAAAGUCCUUUUGAACUAAAUGUUGUACUCUACUUCAUGACAAAAGGUGUGCCUCCCUGCGUGUGAUUGAUAAGGGGGUAUCAAAUUGCUUCAUCUUUCUAC